AAUCAAGAGAGAAUGCUAUAAACAACAAAAAGGAAUUCAGUAUGCAUAUUUUGUGUAUUAUUUUUUUUCUAUUCUUUUCUUUAGAUGUUAAUCAAAAAAACCUAUCAAACGAGAUAUAAUAGCCCUAUUGUUCAAAUUAUAUGUCUGGGUCUUGUCUGUUUAUGUGGUCCUGGCAUGUUUAAUGCACUUUCAGGGCUUGGGGCUGGCGGUUCAAUGAGUUCCAACAUCACAUUGACAGAUACAGCCAAUGGUGCUCUUUAUGCUUGUUUUGCCAUCGUUGGCUUCUUCGCUGGAUCCAUUACAAAUACGCUAGGUGUCAAUAAGACCUUGACAAUUGGAUCGAUAGGCUAUGCCAUUUAUGCCUCUGCCUUUUGGGUCUAUGAUCGCUACCAAAUUGCCGAGUAUGUGAUUAUCUCGGGUGCCAUGUUGGGUUGCUUGGCUGCUAUUUUUUGGUCUGCUCAAGGGGCCAUCAUGAUGUCCUAUCCAGAAGAAAAGGACAAGGGCAAAUCCGUCAGUGUCUUUUGGGCUCUGUUUAAUUGUGGAGGGAUAUUGGGAUCCUUAAUUGCUUUAGUCAUGAAUUUGGAUGGACACACAACAGGGGGUGUGUCUACAGGUACGUAUGCUGUGUUUGUGAUGAUCAUGUUGGCUGGUGUCUUGUUUAGUUUGACAUUGGCCGAUCCUAGCCAUAUUGUGCGCCAGAAUGGCACACGCAUUGUCAUGACGCAAGCAACCGACUGGAAAACAGAACUCAAGAAUGCCCUGAUGGUCUGGAAAGAAUGGCGCAUGUUGGCUUUCAUUCCUGCCUUUUUAGCCUCAAAUUGGUUCUAUGCUUAUCAAUUUCGACUGAAUUCAAUUUACUUUGAUCCUUCGACGCGCGCAUUGAAUGACUUGAUGUACUGGGCUAUGCAGGUCAUUGGGUCCAUGAUGGUGGGUUAUGUACUAGACUAUCCAGGCUGGGAUCGACGUACUCGAGGACUUGUGGUGUUUUAUGUGUUAUUUUUGCUGUUGAAUAUCGUUUGGGCAGGUGGGUUUGCUUUUCAGACAGGAUUUGAAGCAGAUUUUAAGACACCUGUGCACUGGGACAAUGCUCGUUUCAGUGGUCCCUUUGUACUGUUUAUGAUGUAUGGUUAUUCAGAUGCAGUCUACCAAACCUAUCUCUAUUGGUUAAUGGGUGCCAUGACCAAUGACUCCACCUUAUUGGCUCGGUAUGCUGGAUUUUAUAAGGCAUUGCAAUCGGUAGGUGCGGCAGCAGCCUUUGGAAUUGAUGCAUCUCCCAUCUAUCUUCGCUGGGAGUGUCUUGUAUGUUGGAUACUUGUGUUUAUCUCUUUCCCACUUGUGUUUCUCGUCGUCAACCAAAUUACAGAAACAAAUAUUGUGACUGACACAGCAAAAGACACAGAAGAUGUACCUAUCUAGGUCCCCCUUCCUUUCUUUGUUAAUUGUAUUUUUUCAGUAAA